UUUUUAUCUAUUUUAUUGAUUUUGUUGACUUUUUUCACCACAAAUAUCCAACAGACCAAAUCAGCAACAAUGGCAACACUCCACUACCUACCCCCGGUGAAGCCCUCCGCUAUCGCUGCGGGAACCAUAUUUACCCACACUGCAUCUCUGGGCAUUCUAGCCCCUGUCUUUGGCGAUACAUAUCACCGCGCCCAGGCCGCCAAUUCGAAGGAGGAAUUUGUUAGGUCUAAGGAGGCUGCUGGAGCUGCGGCAGCUUGGGGUAGCUCCCUUGUUGGGAGUGCCGUGCAGACUUAUGGAGUUGCGGCCCUGAUUAAUGCGACUGGCACCCUUAGCUAUAAAGGAGCAGCCUACCUUGGUAGCUUGAUUUUCUUCGCCAGCUCCGCUCCCAGUUUCGUCAGCCAGAUAUUUACCGAGAAGAGGCCUCUAGACACUGUUGCCGUUGGUGCCGUCGCAAGAGUCUUCGAGACAGUUGGCCUGAGUUUGUUUCUCACUUGGUGGGGAACACGCACGAACCCAUUUGAUUAAGUAGGCUUCUGAACCUAUCUUGUACUCUGUGCUGUGAUGUCUGCCUCCAAUCAGACUGAACUUCGAUGAUGCUAUGUUUGUGACCUACUGUGGAUUGAUUCUUGACAAUUAUAUUACAUUAAACGUUUUCUGCGCUUCC